GGAACAGUCUGAAACAACUAUUUUGAAACUCUGUAGCCAUAAGAACCCUGUACAGCAUCCAGGGAAGAGUGGGAGGAAGAGGCUGAUAAAUUUUAUUGCAUCGUCUUUUUUGAAGCACCAUCACCAGCUGGGCAGUGACCCUUUUGCAGAGGGCUGACCAUCUCUGUGAGGACUCUCCUGCAAACCUCUGAGUUCUAACACUUUUGGGCUCACUUAAUAGAGGGUAACAGAUGACCACAAGGGUUCAGCAGGUCAAGGAGACUUCGUGUAUCUGUCCAGUACCUACGGUCAAUGGAUACUCAAUAACAGCAAAAGUGGAUGUGAUCAUCCACAGCAAGAGAGUCAGCUACGGUUGUGUGACUUAUCGAUAUCAUGUAGCUCCUUCAAAUGAAUUUUUAAGUAUCUCACUGCUGAUGAAGAAGAACAGAGAUAUCAAUUAGGAUUCUGGAAUACAAGUCUUUGCAGAAAAUGCUUAAAGGAGAGCACCCAGGAUGGGGACUGAGUGAAUACCAGAGAAACUUUCUGUGGAAAAAGUCAUAUUUGUCAGAGUCCUAUAAUCCUUCAGUGGGGCAGAAGUACCCAUGGGCUGGACUUAGAUCAGAUCAGUUGGGUAUCACGAAAGAACCAGGGUUUAUUUCAAAAAGAAGAGUCCCGUACCAUGACCCACAGAUUUCAAAAUCUCUUGAGUGGAAGGGAGCUAACUCAGAGAACAAUGUGGUUUUAUCACCAGAAUCUAAAGGCUCAGAGACACCAAAAACACAAGAGGCAGAUCACAAAGAAGAUGUUAACCAAGGAAAAGUUCUCACACUGGAAACCUUCAGGGUUCCCAAGAGAACCAGAUCUCACUCUGCAGACUCCCGAUCUGAAGGGGCUUCAGAUCUUGUAGAAAAUGAUGAGGAUGUAAUAACACACCCUACACCAAUUAAAGAAAAUGCAGAACUGGAACACUCAACCAAGCUAGCAGACCAUACAUCAGUUAAUGAAGAAGGAGAACUGGAAGUCUCUACCAAGCUUCUUUCAGAAAAAGUGGAUAAUGGGUUGGAUAGACUUCUGCAGAAGAAAGCUGGAUUGACUGUUGUUCCUUCACAUCAUCCUUUGAGAAAUUCUGAAUAUCAAAGGCAGUUUGUUUGGAAGACCCCUAAAGAAGCUGCUCCAGUUUUUGCAGCCAAUCAGGUUUUCCACAAUAAAAGCAAAUUUGUUCCACAAUUCAAAGGUAAUUCAGUCAUCCAUGAAACUGAAUACAAAAGAAAUUUCAAGAGCUUAUCUCCAGUGAAAGAACCAAAAUUAAGAAAUGAUUUGAAAGAAAAUGGCAAUCUUGAAACUGCAUUCCCUGAAAAUCAGAAGUGUAAUAAAAAAGAUGAUCCUUUAAAAUCAGAAGCAGAGAUGGAAUCAAAAGACUCAAACCAGCCUAAAAAAAAACUUAUUCCUUGGAGACAUCAAAGACUUGGGAAGGUGAAUUCUGAAUAUAGAGCAAAAUUUCUGAGCCCAGCUCAGUAUUUAUAUAAAGCUGGGUCUUGGACAUACGUGAAAGAAAACAUGCCAAAUCAGGGUUCUCUAAAUGCCAUGUGGUAUGCAGAGGUGAAAGAGCUCCGAGAGAAGGCUGAAUUUUAUAGGAGACGAGUUCAGGGAACACAUUUUUCUCGGGACCAUCUGAAUCAGAUUCUCUCUGAUAAAAACUGCUGCUGGGAUGUCUCCUCAACCACGAGCUCAGAAGGAACCAUUAGUAGCAACAUCAGAGCUCUUGAUCUUGCUGGAGAUCCAACAAGCCAUAAGACUUUGCAAAAAUGUCAUUCUACAAAACCAGAAGAAAAAGGACCUAUCUUGGAAGAACAGCCCCAGAGAAAUGCUGUGGAGAAAUUGGGGGUGUCAGAUGCUCCCACCAUACCUGUUAGAAGACGGCUGGCUUGGGAUGCAGAUAACACCGGUGAAGAUAUAGAAAAGCAGCCAAGAGGGAAGGCAGAGGAUGAGGAAAGUGAAAGGGGAGAACUAGAGAAGUUGGGAGAAAAUGAAAAAUCUAAGGCAGACAAGAUAAAAGAAGGGUCAGAAUCUUCUCUGUCCUCAGGCAAAGGAGGCAGGCUUCCUACUCCAAAGCUGAGAGAACUUGGUGGAGCUCAGAGGACUCAUCACGAUCUUACCACUCCAGCUAUUGGUGGUGCUGUUUUAGUGUCGCCAUCUAAAGUGAAACCUCCAGUUCCAGAACAGAGGAAGAAAUUGUCCCCUCAGGAUGGCGUAGACAUUUCACAGAAUGAUUUUAGUAAGAAAGGAAGUCGUGCUUUGUUCCUACUCACUUCUCCAGCUGCUGGUAAAAAAACAGUUGAUCCUUUACCUUUGAGGGAAGAUUCUGAAAUCAAUAUCCCCAAAUUUUAUGAGACAACUCUUCCAGUGUCAAAAAUUCCAGAAUAUCCGGCAAAGACCCCUGGGCACUCUCUGCCACCACAUGCUCCUUCCUACUGGCAUCCUUCUCGUCGAAUUCAGGGCUCUCUAAGAGAUCCAGAAUUUCAGCAUAAUGUGGGAAAAGCAAAGAGGAACGAUUUCCAGUUACCUCAGCAUGAAGGCUUUAAUGAUGAAGAUGAGGACAGAUUGUCUGAGAUUUCUGCUCGCUCUGCAGCUUCCAGUCUCAGGGCUUUUCAAACUUUGGCACGAGCUCAGAAAAGAAAGGAGAAUUUCUGGGGCAAAACAUAAUUAAACAUGUACCGUAGCUGAGUUACUUUUGUGUAGUGAACCACUGGCAUCAUUUUUCUUUAUUGCUUACUGUGUUAAGAUUUUUCAGGUGUUUGGAAUUUUUUUCUAACAUUUUCUAUUUAAAAAGAAUUAUUUGAAUUUUUCAAUAGUCAAUUGAAUUUACUUGGGAAAUUUUAACACAGGGUUAUACAAUUUACAUUUUAAAGAAUUCUUGUUACAUGUAUUCCAGCUUUCAAAGAGUUAGAAUACACAGUUCUUCACAUGUUCUACCUUUUGUAUUCUGUGUAGGGAUAACUGGUAGAAUUGAAAUUUCACCCAUCCAGAGAAUAUUCCAAGAUGAACAAAGUGAAGUAAAAAUUAAGAUCCAAAUUUGAAAUAUAUAUUCUGCUAAGAUUGUUAUGUGUGUCUUUAUAUAUAUAUAUUUAUAUAAUUGUAGAUGUCAUAAAAUGAAUUCGUUUUCCUUUAACUUUUAUUGUAUUUUUUUAUUUUAGUACCUUCUGUGUGGUUACAAUGUUACGAUAAUUGUACUUGAUGUAUAUAUUUUUCUUAUUUAUGUUACAAAGUUUGCUGAGAGAAUAUGUAUAUUUUUGAUCUUCAUGUGUACUCUAUUUGUAUCAGGUGUUUGGUUUACAUUUUAAUAAUGUCUGAAUUUUGAAAAAUUAUUUGUAUAAUGCUGAAUUAAAACUUUGUAGAUAUUUUGAAAUCAAAAUUGAUCAAGUAUUUGCCUUCUCCAGAAAGUUAUUACAUGGAACAAAUAAUUAUCUUUUAGAAGCAUUUUUCUGCUUAUAACACGCUAAUCAAAAGUUAUACUUCUUUUGCAUCUGUCAGAAUGCAAAGCUGAGUCUACAAUAUUUUUGCACAGAUACAGAAAAAAUAUAGAAUUUCCAAGGCAGAUUCAUUUUUAAAAAAAUUUAACACAAACUUUUUGACUACAUCUCUUCACUUAUAGAACAUAUUCUCAUGUCUUACUGUUAAUUUUAUCUUGCAAAUCAUAAAUUUUCUAAAAUAUAUGGAUUUUAUAAAAUAUAUUACUUAAAAUCUUUACAAUAAUACAUAUAAGAUACUGAAGAUAAAAUAUUCAGAAUAUUCCUGCCUUUUGGUUAGAAAACAAGUGAUAAUCUGUAGUAAAGGGCUUAUUUGGUUGAAAGUGUUUUGCAAAUCAUAUAUUCACAGUAAAGUAGUUGGUUAAAGAUCUUAAGUUAUCAUGAAUUUAAAAAAAACUGUGGGCAUAUAACUAUUUGCCUACCUUUUUAAGAUAGUUUUUAAAUUAAAAAACAUGAAAGCACUAAAGAUGGAAAUAAAAAUUAGAAAUUAGUAUAAAACUGGAUUUGGGGAAACAAAUUGUCUUGGCAUCUAUAAAAUGUGUACUGUGUACUGAGGCAUAUUAGUUGUGAAUUUAAGUUUGGAACUUACUGUCUCUCUAAAAGCUUAGAGGUAUCUUCUUUCUCAAAGGUUGGUGAGUUUGGUUGAUUAGGGCAGAGUUUUCAAUAGUUGACCUCUGAUCUAGUAAGUUUUAAAACAAUUUUAUUGAGGCAUAGUAUUAUGUACAAUAAACUGCAACCAUUAAAAAUGAAA